UAGAGGCUGCUCAAGAUACAUUAAAGACAGUUGAAAAUAUAGCAUAUAAAUCUCUGUCUGAGAUGCAGAUGCACCUUGAACAAUGUAAGAAGGAUCUCAAUGCACACUUGGACAAAUGCAAACAGGAACUUGAUGAGCACACUGCAAAAUGUAAUAUAGCGGAGAAGAAGGAUCUCAAUGCGCAUACGGACAAAUGUAAACAGGAACUUGAUGAGCACACUGCAAAAUGUAAUAUAGCCGAGAAGAAGGAUCUCAAUGUGCAUACGGACAAAUGUAAACAGGAACUUGAUGAGCACACUGCAAAAUGUAAUAUAGCCGAGAAGAAGGAUCUCAAUGUGCAUACGGACAAAUGUAAACAGGAACUUGAUGAGCACACUGCAAAAUGUAAUAUAGCGGAGAAGAAGGAUCUCAAUGCGCAUACGGACAAAUGUAAACAUGAACUUGAUGAGCACACUGCAAAAUGUAAUAUAGCGGAGAAGAAGGAUCUCAAUGCGCAUUCGGACAAAUGUAAACAUGAACUCGAUGAGCACACUGCAAAAUGUAAUAUAGCGGAGAAGAAGGAUCUCAAUGCGCAUACGGACAAAUGUAAACUGGAACUUGAUGAGCACACUGCACAAUGUACACAUGCUAUAGACGAACAUGUGAGCAAGACGGUGAAAUCGACCUAUGGGCAAUCUUGUAAAGAACUGAUCGAGCGUACGAAGAAGCUAUACAGUGACACUUUAAGUCGAGUUACUAUAUCUCCAUUGAAUGACUUCAUACAAGAAAAAGUAGGAGAUGUUUAUUUGUCGCCAAAAAUUGUUCAAAUGUCCCAGGACAGAGGUACGUUUAAGAAAACAGACUCACAGGUUACACAGUACAAGGAUGUGUUGUUUACAGACGACACAGUUAACCCACGAAUAUUUCUUCAAGGUGAGGCGGGGUCUGGAAAAACAACAUUCCUAGCAAAGAUGGCCCUAGACUGGUGUGGGGAACCGCAUGUUUGUAGUGCAUCUGAUAACAGUUCAAUUUUCUUUAGUGAUGUCGAUGUUCUGCAAGGCUUUUUGUUCGUUUUCCAUAUCACAUUGAGAAAUUCGGCAAAACAAUUCGACGUAUAUACAUUGAUUAAAGAGCAAAUUAUAUACUCGAUAUACUCCCAGGAAGACCGUGAGAAGGCGUACAUACUAUUGAAUGAGAUAAUGAAACGUGAACAAUGCUUGGUACUACUUGAUGGUCUAGAUGAGUGGACCGCACCUGGAGAUCACCACGACAUACCGACAUUGGUAGUAGAUCACAGCAAGUGUGUGAUGUUAUUUUCAACACGACCUUGGAAAUUGGCUGUAAGUAAAAUUAUGCUAUCGGACAUUUAUACAUCGGUGCAACUGGAAGGAAUAAACAAGCCGUUUGAGCUCAGCAGAAUUCUCCUGAGCCGUUUGGUAGAUAAGGAUGAUCUUAAAAUUAAAUACUCAGCAUUUAAGAAUUACAUAGCGAAACAGAAGCUCUACAAUUUACUGUUAUCUCCAAUGAUGCUCUCUGCAAUCGUUUGUUCAUAUGCAGAGGGAACAGAACUCAAAGGCUCGAAGUGUGAAAUAUACAUCCUUUUACUGGAAAGUCUGUUUAAGAAACCGAACAGUGAAAUGUGUACAUUUGAACAGCCCCCAUUUCGAUGCUUCACAGGGACUCAAUACAUACAGCCCAAUAUGGAAUCCCUAAAUCGCCUUGCCGAACUAGCAUUUCAUUUGUUGUUUGUAAAUGCAAGGGAAAACUCACUAGUGUUUACUGACACCGAAUUAAGGAAAUUUAAGUUGAAUGAAAGGGAACAAAAGGAAUUUGCAUUAAAAUCCGGAAUUUUGUCGUCAGCACGAAACACUUCGUCACUGCGAUCGGCAUCUUCAUUUUCGUUUAUCCACUUGAGCAUGCAGGAAUUCCUCGCUGCUUAUCAUAUUGCCCGCAAUACCCAUCUUGUUGAUGGCGUUAUUUCUGUGUAUCUUAAACGUCACAAUGAUGCAUAUCGCGAAAUAUCACAGGUGUUUAUAUUCCUGUGUGGACUGGAUGUAUCGAGUGUGGACUCGCUAUCAAGCAUGAUGGAGCAGCACCAUGUUAUGUCAAAUUUUAACUACGACGUCUGGCUUCGAAACUACUGGUUUCAAGACACCAUACUGACAGGACUCCGAGAAGCUGUUGCAAACGGACAUAACGACAUUCGCCUUAGACUAAGUCGCUUCAGCUUCGAUAAUGGAAAUUUCAUAGACCUACAUAGGAUUUGGACAAAUAAUGCGUCAAAUGUUCUUUCCUUGGAAGUUGACAUUUUUGAUUUUGAGUAUCAAAAUGACGAGUCACCAUCUCAUAUAACGCUGGACAUAUCAUUGUGUCGGAAGCUGCAAAAGUUACGCCUACAGGGAGACGGCAUAUUGCUUAAAGAUUUUGCCGAUGUGGCCUCAUUGGAACUUCCGGUCUGGAUUGUUCUAAACAGUUCCGAUCCAAGCCAGUACACAGACCCUUCUCCACUACUGCCCUCUAUAGAAUAUAUUGUGUUAAGGUGUGUCACAUGUUCCUAUACGUCGCUAUGCAGUCUACUCAGCAGUCUGCUGACACUUGAUCAUAAGGUGAAGUGUGUGCUAGAUAACUGUAAAAUAACGUCGUGCGUAGGGGGCGCAGUCUGCAAAUUAUGUAAAACUGACCCCCGUGUUGAAAUAAAAACAGAAAAUAAACAAAUAGCAGUGCCCCUAGGUGACAAAAGUCUGUUGGAGGCCCUCAAUGGUCUGAAUAUCACUAGUCUGAGUCUGGAAUAUCAUUGUAAAGCUUUUCGAGACAAUCAUAAAGAGUCGUUGACUCAGACGAUUGAAUUGAAAAUACAGCUGGACGAACUCAAUAUUAAAGUGAAGCAUAGCAUACCUCUGUCACCUGAUCAGUGGAAGACUCUUCACGGUUUGAAAAUUAGGAGUCUAAGUCUGACGUGGGAUGCAUUGAAGCAUACAGAGUCAUUAUCUCAGUCGUUAGCCUCGCUUACACGGCUAGAAAUGCUUUGUAUUACAGUAUACUAUGCCGAACCUGGUAUGUGGGAGGCUCUUCAUGGUCUAGAUAUCAAGAGUCUUAGUCUGAGUCUGGGUUGGGGCUAUAUCUAUGGCUAUGACGCUUUUGAACUGAAGUAUGCGGAAUCUCUGAAGCAGUCGUUAUUAUCGCUAAAACAGCUCGAAACACUUAGUUGUAGUGUGGAUUUAGAAAGUCCUGGUCUGUGGGAGGCUCUCCAUGGUCUGAGUAUUAAGAGUCUUACUCUGAGUCUGAGAUGCGCCCGUCGUUUCUCGUUUAAACUGAUUAAUACAACAUCUCUGAAGCAGUCGCUAUUAUCGCUCAAACAGCUGGAAACCCUUAGUAUUAGUGUGGAUGAAGACAUUCUUGAGCAUUUAGACAUUCCUGUUCUGUGGGAGGCUCUCCAUGGUCUGAGUAUAAAGAGUCUUAGUCUGAGUGUGAAUGGUCUGCCGAGAGGUUGUUUGGUGAAGCAUGCAGAGUCGUUGUCUCAGUCGCUAUCAUCGCUCAUACAGCUGGACACAUUAAGUAUUAUCAUCUCCAUAGAAGACAGUCCUGGUCUCUGUGAGGCUCUUCAUGGUCUAGAUAUCAAGAGUCUGAGUCUGAGUCUAAGUGGUUGGUCAGAUUGUUUUAUACUGAAGUAUGCGGAGUCUCUGAACCAGUUGAUGUCAUCGCUCACACAGCUCGACACACUUAGUAUAAGUGUGGAUGAAGACACUCCUGUUCUGUGGGAGGCUCUCCAUGGUCUGAGUAUCAAGAGUCUGAGUCUGAAUCUGAUUGAUUCGACGAGAGGUUUUUGGGUGGAGCAUGCGGAGUCGUUGUCUCAGUUGCUAUUAUCGCUCACACAAUUAGACACUCUUAGUAUUAUCGCCAAAGAAGACUGUCCUGGUCUGUGGGAUUAUUUGAAUGGUCUGAACAUCAAGAGACUGAGUCUGAGUGGUGCGAAGAGAGGUGCGGGCAUAUCACAACAAGUACAUUAA